AUGGGUCUCGCAGGAAAGAAAGACAAGCGAAAGCUAAACCAAGACCCAAACAACACAAAAUGGAGCCGAAAUGAGACGACCUUUGGCCAAAAGAUCCUGAGGGCUCACGGCUGGCAGCCCGGCCAGUAUCUCGGUGCCCAAGAUGCUUCGCACGCCAGCAUGCACUCCAAGGCGAGCUCCGCGCCCAUCAAGAUUACCAUCAAGGACGACAACCUCGGUCUGGGUGCCAAGGUACGCCAGAAGCAAGGCGACGAAUGUACCGGUCUCGAUGUAUUCAAGGAUCUCCUAGGACGCUUGAAUGGAGAAUCCGACGAGUCGAUUGCCAAGAAGCAGGCUUUCCGAUCCGAAAUCAAGACGAGUCUCUAUGUUGAGCGCAAGUUUGGACCCAUGCGUUUUGUCAAGGGUGGUUUGUUGGUCGGUGAUCAGAUUACAGAGCUCCUGAACCAGCAAGCGGUAAACAAGUCGUCCGAGACGGCCGAGUCCAGCGCAGAAGACAGUGACGAGGUGGCUGAAUCCAAGCCCGAGAAGAAGGAGAAAAAGUCAAAGAAGCGGAAAGCUGAAGAUGUCGACGAUUCUGUUGAUGCCGAGACGGACAGUGCAGAGGGCAAAAAGAAGAAGAAGAAGCGGUCAAAGGAUGAGGCCGCUAACAAUGUAGACGAGGACCAAUCUUCAGAUGCAGAGAGAAAGAGGAGGAAGAAGGAAAAGAAGGAAAAGAAAGCCAAGGACGCACAGGCCGAUGCCGAAGACGACAGCGCAGAGACCAAGUCCAAGUCAAAGAAGGACAAGAAGGAUAAAAAGAAGCGGAAAGAGGCCAAGAGCGAAGAUCAAGGUGAUGAGUCGGCAGAAGUGUCCAAGAAGGAAAAGAAGAAGAAGCGAAAGCAGCAAGAGUCUGAUGGGGACACGGUAGUAGCGAGCACAACCGUCACCGUCUCAGCAACCGCAAGUGGAACUUCUACUCCAGCAGGUACUGGCACUUCCACUCCGCAGCCAUUGUCUCGUCACAUGGUGCGAUCUCGCAAUAUCGCUUCCAAGCGCAUGGCCAUGGCAGACAUGGCAGCAUUACAGCAGAUUUUUAUGGUUAAGCCCGUAUAG